UCCAAUCAGUAAAAGUUCCGGUCGUAUACAUAUAAACCCUAAAUGAAUGUGGCGCCUCCAUUCAUAAACCCGACCCGCCACGCCGCCCGGUUACCGGCGAAACCCGACCCUCCGGCCUCGCUCCUCCACCGCCCUCCCUCGCCAUCUCUCCUUCCAGCCUGCUUCGUCGAUAAUUCUUGAUUUACUUCGAUUUUCUUGGUUGAUUUGGUCACAACAUGCGAUUCGAUGCUGAUUACCGAGGUUUUUGUGUGAUGGGAAGUUUUUCAUAUCUUGAAUUGCGUGCAACUGAAUUUGUUGCGUUUAGGUCUAGCCGCAAUUUGUUGGCAUUCUUAGCCUUUCAGGGAGCUAAUGACUUGCUGUUAUAAUGGGUUUUCCCCCAUUUCUGAUAUACAUUUAUCAUGUACUCUGUAGCUCUUUUCAGUUGCAGAAAUAUCAAGAGAUUUUGUGGUUUUAGCUUGGUUUCUCGUAAUUUAUGUAGUCGUAUAUUUAAUGGUGAUGAUGUCGAAAAUGGAUUUGGGCGGAUUGAGGAUUUUCUCAAUGAGUCGUGGAAAAGUUCAAAGAAUGGGUCCAGUUGGGAGGACACUGCUUCAGUUUCACCUAAUUCUCGGGGAAAUUUCUCUGCACGAAAUGUUUUUGUUGAUGAGGUGAGAUGCGAUGCUGAAAGGAUUUUUGAAAUUCUAUCUCAGGAUGGCCCGGGGUAUGAUGUGAAGCCUGUCUUGAACGAUUUAGGUGUGAGGGUUUCAGGCCUUCUUGUGAGGGAAGUUCUUUCUUGUAUCAUAAAGACAAUAAAUCAUGCAAACAAAAAUAGGUGUGCAAAGCUGGGCUACAAGUUUUUCGUGUGGUCUGGUGAACAGGAGAAUUACAGACACACAACAAAUAUCUACAAUUUAAUGAUGGAGAUCUUUGCAGAGUGUGAGGAAUUUAAGGCAAUGUGGAGGUUGCUCGAAGAGAUGAUUGAGAAAGGGUACCCUACUACUGCCAGGACAUUCAAUCUACUGAUAUGCACUUGUGGUGGUGCUGGAUUAGCUAGAAAAGUUGUAGAGAGGUUUAUGAAAUCGAAGAAUUUCAACUAUAGGCCAUUUAGACAUUCAUUCAAUGCUAUUUUGCAUUCUCUUUUGACACUGAAUCAGUACAAGUUGAUUGAGUGGGUGUAUCAGCAGAUGUUGGUUAAUGGUCACUCUCCUGAUGUAUUAACCUACAACAUCAUGAUGUGGGCAAAGUUUAGGCUCGGGAAGUUGGAUCACUUUCAUGGAUUGCUUGACGAAAUGGGUAGGGGUGGGUUUUCACCUGAUUUUCACACAUUUAAUAUACUCCUCCAUGUCAUUGGCAAGGGUGACAAACCAUUAGCAGCACUGAAGCUCUUAAACCACAUGAAGGAUGUUGGUGUUGAUCCAACUGUGCUCCACUUCACCACAUUAAUUGACGGCCUCAGUCGGGCUGGUAACUUGGAAGCUUGCCGGUAUUUCUUCGAUGAAAUGACAACGCAUGGGUGUGCACCCGAUGUUGUCUGUUACACUGUCAUGAUAACUGGCUAUGUUGUGGCCGGUCAGUUAGAUAAAGCUCAGGAGAUGUUCUCUGAUAUGAUUAACAAGGGUCAAUUGCCUAAUGUGUUUACCUACAAUUCCAUGAUCCGUGGACUUUGUAUGAACAAGAAAUUUGAGGAAGCUUGGUUGAUGUUAAAAGAAAUGGAAUCAAAAGGUUGUAAUCCCAAUUUCCUUGUGUACACAACCUUAGUAGGUUAUCUUCGCAAUGCAGGCAGGUUGUCUGAAGCUCACCAAGUCAUAAAGCAUAUGAUGGAGAAGGGGAAGUAUACACAUCUGCUGUCAAAAAUUAAAAGAUAUAGGAGAUGCUAAGUAGGUGAAGUACCUAUAUUAGGGAGGAUCCUUUGGAAAUUGGUGCUCAAAAUGUUCCGACUUUUGGUGAAUCAAUGUCAAGUGAUCUUGAGUUUUUUCUCAAAAUCCCUGUAACUUUGUUCCCAGAAAAGCUAGUUCAUGCCAAAACUGUGAAUCAAGGAUGUAUGCUCAGUGGUGAUUCUGCUGCUGCUAUUACUACCAUUGUAGUACAGAACUUGGACGUAGAAGAGCAUAAGCAAAGAGAUUUGGGCUUUGGCAUCAGCUCUGAAGGAGUGCAAACCGAAGCUGGAAGAACUGUUAAAUACUGUACCUGUCAAGAGAACCUGUGGAAAUGGGUAAAUGAUGCUGAAGUCUGCAGUAAGAUGGCCUGUUCAAUCCAUUCCAGUGUGUUCGGAAUCAAAUUACAAUCUUUCUUGCAUGCCUUUUGGCCCCAACACAGUUUUAAUAGUGAACACCAGAAAUGGCAACGAUGAAAUGGUAAUUUCCCGGAGAUCCACACACCAGAGGAUUCUUGAAAUUGAGCAACAAGUUGUGGAACGCGAUAUAGGUCUUCCAGUUGAUCUAAUUGUAAGCUCUGAAGUUUGUCUCACUUGGUAUGACUACAAAAGUAUUGGAAAAAGCUUCAGAGCCAGACGAGGCCUUUUCAAGCUUGCACUUAUGCGUUGAAAGUGUCGGAGCGAAUAUUUUGACAUCACUUGGUAAUUACAACUGAAAAUUUUAAGAUUAUAAAAGAUUUUGCUGCUGCCUUUUCUUAGUUAUUCUAAUUCUUUGGUCAUUUUUGGUGAUGAGUAUGUGUUGCAAAAGGCGAAUAACAUGUAUUGGACAGGAGUCACAUUCUUUUAGGAUACUUUUGUAAAGCAGUUCAACACAUGAGAAAGCAAUUUUCUUGGCAGCGUUAUGGAAUCA